AUGUUUUGGUCAUUUUUCGUAGGGUCGGCGCAUUGUGACCGCCACUCCCGCCUGGGCACCUCAACCAGCCGAUUCAGGCCAGGACGACUUAGCCUCAGAGUGGAAGUGCCCGCAGAACCUCGUCCCUCCAAUUCUGAUGUUGGUCCCGUUGAUGUGUCCGUUGCUGGUUGGUCUUCGGCGCGGCAUCGUGCUUAUUGGACGGUCUCCGGUGAUUGCUGGCGGACUAGCCUCGUUGCUGCCUCCCAGCCGAAUCGGCAACCGCACGCACAGAUUGUCGGUGAACUCGAAAACAAUCCUUUAUAUGGGGCCAUGGCCCUCUCAGUCUUCUCCUUCCAUCUUUGUGCUCGCCAGUCGCUUUCACCUCAUCCCUCGCCUUCGACUCAGCGCUCUACCACAAAGUUCAUAUAUCAUCAGAUGGGUGCCUUGAAGGAACCACUCCCGACCAUUGAAGCAGAGGGCUGCGCCCAAAACACAUGUGAUGAACGGCUAUGUACUUGCCGAGCACCAGGCUCAGACGAGGAAAGAACAUUGAUUGAUAUUGACUUAGUUCGAAACAUAAUUAUAGGACUAAGUGAUGGCUUGACAGUACCCUUCGGGCUUACUGCCGGAUUAUCAUCCUUAGGCUCCUCGCGGCUGGUCGUUGUGGCUGGAAUGGCAGAGCUAAUUUCCGGGGCCAUCUCGAUGGGAGUCGGGGGAUACCUUGCCUCUGAAGCCGACCGUGACCAAUUCAGAUAUCGACAAAGACUCAUUCGAAAACGAGUAGCACACUCUUGCUCGAACGCGAUGGAUCGACAGGUGCAAGAAAUCUUGCAACCCUUUGGUAUCAGUCAAAGUCUUUGCGGUAUGGUUAGCAAUGACUUGUUAAAAUUUGAAUAUCUCAGAACGGCCUCCUGUGAUCAGGAAAACAUGUCAUCAAGCUGGAAGAAGAGUGCACUCGUAUCCAUUUUCCUGAAGCUAUUUUCAAGAAGGACGCCUCAUUACGACUCAAUUUCACGCGAAAAAAGUGCGGACGAGGAAACUAUACAACUCAGCGGAUUUGAAUCAGAAUCUUUGGGUCUAGGCAUGACACAAUUUCUCCUUAAGUAUGGUGAAGGCGUGGAAGAAGUUUCAAAAUAUCAGAUGUACCUCUCGGCAUUUACAAUUGGGUUUUCUUACUUCAUUGGAGGGCUUAUUCCUAUGGCACCCUACUUCUUUGUCGAGAAAGCAAAUGUUGCCCUAUUUUGGAGCAUCGGAGUUAUGGUAUUAACUUUGUUGGUUUUUGGAUCACUCAAGGCUUACUUCACUGGUGCCCGAAUUGGUUUCAUGGGAUACCUCAAAGGAAGUUUAUCCACGAUUGUCGUUGGUGGAGGAGCUGCUGCUGCUAGCUACUGGGUAGUGAAACUCCUGGACGUUAAAGAGUAA